CCACUGGGGAAAAUAAAAGGACACCCGCUUGAUUGUCGCACAGCAUUACUAUCCAGAACUGAAAACACCGUAGGAAACAUACGUGGACGAUUUCUUUCGCCCAAAUAAAUCUAAUUACGUUAACUAAAUACCAAUUACCAACAGAAAAAACAAAAAAUUAAUAUAAUAUUACUGUUUUAUUGUUUAUUUUUUUCCAAAUCACCUAACUAUACAAAUUGUUUAUUGUUCUGUAAUUUUUUAUUCUAAUCUAUAUUCCCAAUGAUGGACGCUGAAGUCGAGUGGGCUACCGACCUGAUAGACAAGAAAUUGCUGAUGGAGAAGAAAAAUAAUAAACUCAAGGCGCAUUGCAGGAAGCUGGGGGUUGUGAAAAUUGACACGGCAGAACUUGAAGAGGAAAAGUACAGUGAACCAAAAAUCAAGGGGCUCGCCAAAAUCCAAGCUGAGGAGCGAGUGCGGAAAACCUCGUCAGACCUGCGCAUGGAGAUCCUCGACGUGGGCAGCAUCCAGAACCUCAUCGAGCUGCGGAAGAUGAGGAAGAACCGGAAGAAGAAAGUAGCACCCCCUCCUGAGCCAGAGCCUGAGGAGAUUACAGGACCCAUUGAUGUCCCAAGAUUCCUGAAAGCAGCUGUUGAAGGGAAAAUAAAAGUCAUUGAGAAGUUCCUUGAGGAUGGAGGCAACCCAGAUUCAUGUGAUGAGUUUAAAAGGACAGCCCUGCAAAGGUCAUCUCUUGAGGGCCACACUGAAAUCGUCCAGAAACUCUUGGACAAAGGUGCCGAUGCCAACUUCAGAGACAGGCUGGACUGCACUGCUGUGCACUGGGCUUGUCGAGGCGGCCGGCUGGAUGUCCUCAAAUCUCUGCAGAACAGUGGAGCUGACCUCAAUGUAAAGGACAAGCUCAUGAGCAAUCCACUGCACGUGGCCACCAGGACAGGCCGUUACGAUGUUGUGGAGCACCUGAUAGCCAGUGGGAUUAAUGUCAACGCCAAGGACAGGGAAGGCGAUACCGCUCUGCAUGAUGCAGUCCGUCUGAACCGAUACAAAAUCGUCAAACUGCUCAUCAUGCAUGGAGCCAACAUGAUGGCCAAGAAUGCGGAUGGGAAGACCCCCACAGAGCUGGUGAAGCAGUGGCAAUUCGACACCAAGGAUGUGCUGGAGGGACUGGUUCAGAGCAAAGACUCUGAAGCAGAGAAAAAAGCCUAGAGAGGGGGUAGAGGAGAGAUUGAUAAGGGGAAGAGGAGGGUUGAGAGACCCAAAGGAGGACUGUCCAGCAGUUGGCUGGUGGUAUAUUUCAGCCCCCCAUACUGCAUGUUGACGGUUGUUACCUUCAGUUGUGAGAGGUGUGAUACAUGCAGUAUAUUCACUCCUCAAUCCA